GAUCAGUGUUUCUGAAGCUAUAAUUCCUUGUAUGUCAACAUGAAGCACGCAUUUUUUUCAAUCUCUUUCUUCGCGUUUUGUGCGUGCGCGUUCAGUUUGCCGCAGAGCUCCAGGUCACAUGUCCAUGGUAAAAACAAUAGUGAAUAUGUGAACUCGAAAACCAAAGAGGGGGAUACAGCGUUACAUUUGUCGAUAAAGAGGGGUUACCACAACAUAACCAGGCUACUAUUGGAGAGAGGUGCAAAUGUCAACUCCAAAGAUCAAGAUGGAUAUACCCCAGUUCAUAAAGCGACACUAUUCAACUAUCCUAACAUUAUGCGGUUGCUGAUCCGGCGAAAGGCGGAUGUCAACAUACCCAACGCCAACGGCUACACGCCUCUUCUGACCGCAGUGUCCAACGAAUAUUUGGAGGCUGUUCAAAUUUUAGUGGAAAAUAACGCAACUAUAAGUAGCAAUAACGACACCAGCCUAAACCCAUUGGCCGCGGCGAUCAGACAGGACAGUGUCGCGAUUCUAAGGCUGUUUUUUGCAAAAGGCGUAAAAGCCAACGACAAAGUUGCGGGCGCACCGCUACUGCAAUUAGCUGUAAUUAACGCAGCAGCAGAUGCGACUAAAUUUCUCUUGGAAAAUGGUGCCGAUUAUACGUUUAAAACUGAAGAUGGCGAAACUUUGCUGUAUUUGGCCAUAUAUAACGACUUUACAAACCUUGCCGAGCUAAUAUUGACUGUAACAACUCCAUCUCCUUCAAAUGAUCUACAUGAGCAAGUAAAAAUUCAAUGAAAUUGUUAAUUCGCUAAAAAUUAUUUUUGUAGAGAUUCAUAUAAAUUGUAACGCAGAA